UCUCCCUCUCUCUCUCCCUCUCUCUCUCUCUCCCUGUGUCGCUUAAACAACAGUCCUAACUUUUGUGUGUUGCAAAUAUAAAAGGCAAGCCAUGUGACAGAGGGACAGAAGAACAAAAGCAUUUGGAAGUAACAGGACCUCUUUCUAGCUCUCAGAAAAGUCUGAGAAGAAAGGAGCCCUGCGUUUCCCCCAAGCUGUGCAGCAGAUACUGUGAUGAUGGAUUGCAAGUGCAAAGAGUAAAACGAAACUCAGGCAUACAAAGGACAAUGACAACCAGAAAGCUUCAGCAAGAUCCUGCCCUUUCCUUGAAAGGAACUGGAUCCUAGGAGGUGAAGGCAUUUCCAAUUUUUAGUCCUCUGCCUCCCUCUGCUGUUCCUCUUGAGAAGCUUUUCCUUACAACAAUGAGAAAUCAUGUACUAGCUGCAUCCUUUUCUAUGCUCUCCCUGCUGGUGCUAAUGGGAGAUACAGACAGCAAAACGGACAGCUCAUUCAUGAUGGACUCGGAUCCUCGACGCUGCAUGAGGCACCACUACGUGGAUUCUAUCAGUCACCCAUUGUACAAGUGUAGCUCAAAGAUGGUGCUCCUGGCCAGGUGCGAGGGGCACUGCAGCCAGGCGUCACGCUCCGAGCCCUUGGUGUCCUUCAGCACUGUCCUCAAGCAGCCCUUUCGCUCCUCCUGUCACUGCUGCCGGCCCCAGACCUCCAAGCUGAAGGCGCUGCGGCUGCGCUGCUCAGGGGGCAUGCGACUCACGGCCACCUACCGGUACAUCCUCUCCUGUCACUGCGAGGAGUGCACCUCCUGAAGCCUGCUGUUGCGUGGAUUCUAGAUGGGACAACCUCCCCCGUCGCCGAGGCAGUUCAACCAGCCAGGGGAGGACUGGCAAGAAAAGAGUUAGGGCAAAAAAAGAUGCAUCAAUUCCCAUGGGAUUCUGCAUAUUCUAGUAAUAAAGACUCUACAGGCUUGUUGACAGAGAAAUACUCUGGGAAUUUGUUUUCCAUUCCCGUCUCCUUUUCUUGGUACAAUUUCUUUUGGUUCCUUUUCAGAUUCAGGCAUUUUCCCCCUUGGCACUGAAUGCUGUUCACUUCCAACAAUACAGCAUUAGUGGGAAAAUGGGCCCCCAUGCAAGAGUGGGUCAGGCUGUCACUGUUUGGUGCAGAUUAGGGAAGCAUUCACUUUGGAAAACAGGAAAGCCCAACUCUUUCCCGGACAUCGUCUUUUUUUUUUUAAUCUUGUCAUUUGGUCUAAGGUUGCCAUUGCUGCUAAAGGCCACCAAUUUCAAAUUCCAAGCACCAACUAUAUGGGUAUGUUUAGCCAGGUUCACUCACAGCCAGCUAACCUACAUUAAAAUAACUAACAAACGGAUUCUCUUAUGUGAUGCUGGAACUUCUGAUAGCCGUAAUUAUUAUUCAGAAAUGUCUUUUGAGAAGUAAAGGUGGCAUAAAGAAUUUGUCACCUGAAGGCUCUCUCAGAUAAAUUAUGGUAAAAUUCUGUAAGGCAGUAGACUUUUAAAGACCUGCACAAAUACGGAUCCUGCACUGACGUUGAAAAAGGCAUAUACAUACUAGUGGCAUGGAGAAUGCACUCUACUCAUGCAUGCAAAUUAGACAACCAAAUAUGACUCUAUUUGUGGGUGUGCUAUAGCUUUAGCCAUGUCGCAGGCAUCAUUCUCUAACAUUCAUUCGUCCAUGUGAAGCUUGCUGCCAAAAUGGUGGCCUGGCUCAUCUUCUGAACAUUUGGUUCAAAUGUAUUUUGGUCCUUGAGGCUCAAAAUUGGAGU